GAGCGCGCGGCUGCCGGGCGAUGAUCUGGCGCCUCCUGCCCUCUGCCCCCGCCGCAGCCGCGUGCUCGUCCCGCUGCCUUUGCUGCUCUCCCGCUCUUCGCACCUGAGUGUUGUGUUUGUCCGGCCGCACGCAUUGCAGGCUGUAUGUACCGAGUAGUUCAGACGACGGGACCAGAUGGAAAAAACCUUCUGAAAUUACUUCCAAUUUCUAAAUCUUCAGGAAGCUUUGUGCCAAUAGUUCAGUCUUCAGCCAUGCCAAAUAAUCCUAAAGCGAAUAUUUCUAGUCCAGUUCAUCUUACUUUUAAGACACAGCUUCCCAAUGCUACUUCACCUUCAUCUGUUAAGAUACCUGUUUUUCAGUCUGCUAAUCCUGGAAAGAUUAUUCUUACAAGGACAUUAGACAAACAGGAAAGUGUUAGAGCAGCUUCUGAAAACGAAAGCUUAACUGCAAAAUCAGUUGCUAACAUCCAGAGCAGUUGUGUUUCAGUUGAUAGACUGUCUUUGCAGAACAUUGCUGUAACAAGUUCAUCUAACCAGAGUAGCACUGCGUACAUGUUGGUAAACACGAAAAGUCUUCCAGUGACUGUGAAGUCUCCAGUACUGCCCUCCGGCCACCACCUCCAGAUACCAGCUGAUGCAGAAGUGAAAUCUGUUCCAGCUUCUUCUUUACCACCUGCAAUACAGCAAAAAAUACUUGCAGCUGCAGCAACAAAUUCACCUGGAGGAGCUGACAGUACAAAAAUGCCAACUGUUAUUUACGUAUCGCCAGUGAACACAGUGAAAACAGUACUUCCCAAGCGUCUGCAAGCCAUUUGCCCAAAACCUGCCACUGAAGUUUCAAAACCAUUAAUAAUGACAACUGCACAGAAGGCAAGUAGUUCUCCUCCGGAGGCAGUAACAUCUGAUGGUCAGCAGUGCCAGCAAACUCCAAUAAAAUGGAUUGUGCAAGAAAGUUCACAGUCAUCAGCACCUUGCCUUAUUCCUGUAAAGUCAUCAAACAACAUGGUUUCCAAGAUCUUGAAGACUUUGGCAGAUAUGAAGAAUGUAGAAGUUAACUCUGCAAAUAUGUUACCACUCUGUUCCACUGGUGGAAGCCAAACAAAAAUCAUGCCUAUUAAAGAUAACGCUCUGGUCAUGUACAAUGGGAAAGUCUAUUUGUUGACCAAAAGAGGCUCUGAUAUUUUGUCAGCCCAACCUGACAAACAAGCAUCUUCCUCUCCUGAUGUUUCGCUUAGGAAGGAGGCGUCUAAACUAAUUGAUUCUGAUGCAGUCACUAAAAUAACCAGUAAAGUAGUGAAUCUGGUAUUGUCAAAAAACAAAGGAAUGGUACUGUCUCAGAAAGAUCCAAAAACAUGCAUAAAAUCAGAACUUGCUUCACCAGCUGGCUUAAGAAAAGACUUAAUGUCUGCGUCUGCAUUUCUGGUGACACCAAGGGUUAAUCAGCAGAAUUCCACUGUAAACCAGGGACAGAGUUUGCCCAUCAGCAAGAGCAUUUCAAGCGGAGUGGCCCCUAUUACAGAAGUAGGGACACAGGAAAACAUAUACCAAAAUGGCAAAGAGAAGAGCCAUUCUCCCAAGGCAGCAACUGCUGCUUUACCUCAGUCUAAACAAGACUGUGCUUUCAGUGAAGACUGGCAAAAGAUCCGGUGUGAGAAGAUGGAUUCACCAGGAAAGUUUAUUCAAAUCAAACACCAAGAAAAGCCACACUGGAAACAGUACUUGGAAUUAAGGAAAAGAUUUGGUCUCUCUAAAGAGGAGAGAGUAUACCUUAAGAGAAUACCCUUAAGGACCUCGUGUGAGGUAUCAGAAGAAAGGGUGUGUUCCAGUAAUAGCUUGAAAAGGAGAAAUGAUUCUUGCAGUUCAUUGUCACUAGAUAUGGGAAUAACAAAUCAACACCAGGAAUGCGUUGAAGAGGAAAAGAUAAUUGUGGAUCUGGAAGAGGACUUGUCUAAGAAAAGAAAAAUGAAAUCCUCACUACUGUCAGACAGUGGAAAAAGAAGGAAAACAUCAGUCAAAUCAACCACAACUCCAAGUUCAGAAAACACCAGCCCAAGUUCUGUAGUACUCAACAAAAGUGUUUCACUUGCACCAGUCCUGUUGCAGCAGAGUGUUUCCACAGACUCUGUUAUAUCCCCUCUAGGGAGGGACUCUGAGCAAGACCCAUGCUCUCAAAAUAGUGAUAUUACAGACUCAAGUAUUCCGAUUUCAGUGUCUUGUGAAAAUGAUACUUCAGUUAUUGAAGGUUCUUUCAGAGAUGAUGCUUUCCCUUUGACUCCCCCAGAUUUGGAUGAAACAAUCAGGGAUGAAAAAAUAAAACGACUUAAACAGCUCUUAAGAGAACGAGAAGCAGCACUAGAAGAGAUGCGCAGAAAGAUGCAGCAAACCUGAAAUACUGAAGCUGGUCAUCUGGACCAUGUUCACCUUCAGUGACUGCAACAAGAAAUUCUAUGCUUAAAUGAACUUAAGUUUUUCUGGCAGAUGGAGGAUCUUAAUGAGAUUUACAAUAUGUGUGUAUUUAGGAAAGUAUAAGUUUCCUCCUAGAGACCAGGAAUAUAAGAACUGAGUUGUCUAGAAUUCUGCUUUUGGGACAUCUUUAUGUCUCAAAGAAUGCAGAGGAUAAGCGCUUUUAUUAGUGUAUUCUCUAUAUUUUGAAUUGAGAGCUUUAUGUAUUAGUCCUAGAAAAUAAACUUUCCCACUGUGGAAUUUCAUGGUCUGUCUCUUAGAAAUGGAAUGUAAAUUGUAAACCCCAAUUAUAGAUAUUUUUUUGUUUUGCUAAUGUUUUAUAGUGCAUGACAGCUUUUGUGAAUUACUGAAAACUGUCAAAUUUAAUUGUCAUAAAAGGUCAUUUGUCAGUGUUUAAUAAAUACUAUUUAAGCAA